UAAGAUGUUUGUUGUCGCUGAGUUGCAUUAAAUUAAAACCUGUGCCACUGCAGUGUAGAGGAUGGGUUAAGCUGGUUACAUUCAACCGCACUCGUUCGUUACCACUACUGACUUGCUACCAACUACGGUUGGUCGAUUCGAAUAGAAGGCACCGCAGCACAUCAUCUACCAAAGUCGCAUGUACUUGGGUCAGAGCCUUCCAAAAACGAUUCCCCGGGCAUCAGUUGAUCACAGCCAACGGAAGACAUCGGAGGUAGCAUUUACUUCUAUCGGCGGGCUGCGUCCGGAAAGCGGUGUUGCAUUGGCAUUUCCCAUGUUUUACAUCAAUCGCGUGAGAGACGUUCGUGGUUUGGUGGAGUUCCUGGAAUAGAUUGAAUUAUUUAUUUGCAGACUUAUAACGCGAUCAAAUGAGUAUCAUACAACUAAAGAACAUUUCUGUUAAGUGCUUAUGACCUACGAGUUCAUAGAGAAAAUGAACGUAUGGUUUGGGAUUUUGCUGUUGUAUUCUUUAUCAUCGCCUGCAGUCAUAGAUCAAGAUCCAGCCGGCAUAUUUAUAACCAAAAAUGUGCAUCUCGUCUAGAGUCCGCAUUAGACACCACGCUACGCAGAAGUCAACAGCGUUCAGGAUCCAGUUCCCUAAUCGAUUUUUCGGAAACCGGUCCACAAAAACAGUCACUUUUCAAUCGAUCUCCCUAUAAUAAUUACGAAGAAGACAUUGAACAAAUUGUAUCCGAGUACAAAAAUAAGUUUAACAGCCACAACAAGCACCCUAGCAGUGGGAGUACGUUUUUCCCGCCGUCCGGACUCUCUACGACAUCACAAGUUGAAGUUGCCAAUCUCAAAGUCCGUAUUCCACAGAACCUGCAAUGGGUAGUCGUUGAUCGAUGCAACUUCAUAGAACAAAAUCGAACUUUGGAUACCAAACUUGAAUUUCCAGACCUACAAAUCAGUGGAAGGAUAAUAAUGCACCCCAUUGGAGGCCGCUGUGACAUGAUUUUACGAUUAAGAAGAGCUGGCAUAGAGUUCAGGACGAUUCCGCUGAUUCCUAGCGGAUUGGGUGAAAGAAGUAGGCAAGCAAAUGUACGGACCGACUCGCACUUCUCUGAACCUGGUUUCAUAUCUGUGUUUGCUCAUAGUUGUGAGGGGCCUACCGGCAUCAAGUAUCGUAUUAACUCCAAACGAAGACAUUUUCUUGCUAAACAUCCAACAAAUUAUGAUGCUUUCUACAGUAAGGAUUAUAAUAACGAAUUUCAGCGAAAUAUGGAACAUAAAAGAUCCCUCAAUUUGGACGAGGAUCCUGAACUUACGGAUAGUGACGUGUUUCAAUUGACCGACGGAGAUUCGCUAUUUCUAUCACCAGCGGCAUUUCUUGAUGAGGACUCCCAUGAUCCAUCCACGUUCAGUGCGGAUAGUAGAACUGUUUUCUCCGACCGAAAUCCGUUUGCUUAUAACGCCUAUGCUGGCAAUGGUGCUGGUUGGCAAACGGUCGAAUCAAAUGACGCACUAGAUGAAGCGUAUUCCAAUGAAAUUGACAAUCUAUUUUCCAAAGGAGUUCGUGGACUAUUGACCACAUACAUGCAGAAGGCUCUGCAGCCCGCGAUCAAAGAAACGCUGAUGGAGAGUAUGGGGUAUACGCUGUCAUAUGGUUGAGCAGAGGGGAAUGAAAUAAAUGUGAAAAUCUAAAUAUAA